UUCAUUGGUUAUUGCAUUGUACUAUAUCUUUCUCCUGUUACACUCGUACGGUAAUUUUGGAAUGAGACCACGUGUACUACUUCAUACAAAAGAACACUAUUUGGUCUCUCUCAUAGUAAUGCAACUCUCCAUCUUCUUUGGUUCAGCUCUCUUUCUCUCUGAUCUUCCCUAUUCACCGUCUUUGUCCCUCCUUGCAUAUAACUAUCAAUUUGUCCAGAAAAUUUCAAAUCAAAAAAUACCCUAUUAGAAUUCUAAACCUUAGAUGAUCAUUCAAUACUCUAAAGAUGCUAUACAAAAUUGUGAAUUUGUGAUAAAGCAGCACUAUGCAAAAAUAUCAAAGGAGUCGAGUUCUAGGAUUUCUUCACGUCACUCUCAUAGUUGUUGCUUCUCAAGUAUCUCUUUUUCAAUUGACAGCCUUCAGGCCAUCAGUCCUUGGUUUCUUUCAAGGUUUCUCCUAGGGUUCUUUGCUCUUCUUUCUGGCCUUUGCUUCCGGUUUCCUUUUCAAGUUUUCAAUUUUAAGCUGAAUUUAUUUUUCGAUGUCUACUUACUGUUCUGGUACAAUAUCCAUCGUAGUAGAUAUCUAUGGACUGUCUGUACAUUACUAUUGAUGCAAAUUGUAUUUUCAGAUUAUUUCUUAUACUGGAAUAGGAGAGUGCACUGAUUUGGCUUCAUUGAUGUGCUUCUUGGUUUUGGAUUUGGCCGAGCGAAGGAGAUGUUGGACCAUCUUAGAAGCGUGUUUGCAAAUAAUCUGACCAAUUUAGAGCGCACGGUUCAUUGUAGAAGCUAAAAACUCAGGUGGGAGCAAGGCGCAACUCGCUAUAAACCAUGUCUGCAGUCUGUUGAUUCAUCAUAAGCUGUAAAUCUAUGAUGCUAAUGUGAAAUCACUGUGGCACUACCAAGUUUCUUCUUCAAGUAGUCACUAUAAAUAAAAUGGAAAGUUUAAAGUAAUACAACUUUUGGGACGAUAAACUGAUGUAAUAUUUCCAUGGAAAAUGUAGUUUUCAUAUAA